AUGUCGCAACAACCCGGUUUCAGCCAUGGAAGUAGAUUCUCAAGCCUUUCUAGGUAUGUAUGUAAGUGUGGUUUGGAUGCUCCAUUGAUGACAACAUGGACAUAUGCUAACCCAGAUCGUCGUUUCUAUGGAUGUGGGAUGUAUAAGAUAAGGAUCUCCAUUGAUGUUUACACAUUCAAUGUUAAUGGUAUGGUUCAAGGUUUCAAGAAAUGCAGUCACUUUAUUUGGUUGGAUGAGGAGAUGAAUCCUAGGGUAAAAGAGUUAAUAUAUGCUCUAUUAAAGAACAUAAGUGAAGAGAAGGCAACAGUUAAAUCUUACAAAGCAAAAGAGGAAGAAUUGAAGAUGUUGAAGAUUAAUUGUAUGUUAUUGUUUUUUAUGUUGUUUGCAUUUGUUGGGACAACAUUGAUGAAAUAUGAUGUAGGUUAA